AUGACAAAAUUUAGUCAGUCAGGCGUAACCCCCGAGAAUGGGAUCAUUUCGGGCGAUGAGAGUUCAAAUAGAGAUGAGGAAAAGAUAAAUUUCACCGAGGUUGUCGCCCCAGACGAUGAUAAUCCACCAGAUGGAGGGCUACAAGCAUGGCUCCAGGUCGUCGGAUCGUAUUCGCUUUACUUCAAUACUUGGGGAACGAUCAAUACAUUUGGCGUGUAUCAAACGUACUACGAGACUGAAUUGCUUCGGCAUAUGUCGCCAUCUGCUAUAUCGUGGAUCGGGUCGCUUCAAUCCUUCCUACUCUUAGCUGUCGGAGUGAUUAGCGGCCCCCUUUACGAUGCUGGCCAUUUGCGGCUGCUUCUUUGCCUCGGACUGGUAUUAGUCACGCUUGGCAUGAUGAUGACUAGCCUUUGCACGGAAUACUGGCAAGUCAUGCUUGCGCAAGCUGUGUGCGUCGGCGUAGGCACAGGAUUUCUGUACAUCCCAUCCGUCGCCAUCAUACCCCAGUAUUUCUCUAAGCGUAAAGCCCUCGCAAUGGGCAUCGUGACUUCCGGUAGCAGUUUCGGUGGCGUGAUCUAUGCCCUCAUGUUCCAAGGCCUGUUACCCCGUGUCGGUUUUGGUUGGACAACUCGUAUCAUGGGUUUCACUUCCUUUGCUACGAUAUCAAUAUCCUUCCUCGUACUACGCAGGCGAACGGCCGCGGUGCACAUACGUUCGCUACUCGAUAUGCAAGCAUUCCAUGAGCGACCAUACGUCAUAUACUGCUUAGGAAUCUGCUUGAGCUACCUCGCGUUUUUCGUACCCAUCUUCUACCUCCAAACGUACGCACUCUCGCACGGUUUAGAGGGCCAGACUGUUGCCCUAUAUCUGGUCGCCAUACACAACGCAGCAUCCGUCUUAGGCCGGCUCACACCGUCUCUCAUAGCGAAUCGCAUCGGUCCUAUUCACACGUUCUUCAUCAGCAUUACACUAGCAGGCGUGACAGCGUUUAGUUGGAUUAAUACGAACUCGGGGGCUGGAAAUAUCGCAUUCGCUGCUUUCUUCGGCUUCUUUACCGGCGGCAUCGUGGCGCUGCCCGCUGUCGUAUUAACCUCGUUCACCCCUGAUCUGAGCCGCCUAGGGACUCGCCUAGGCAUGUCCUCGGUGUUAAAUGGCGUCGCUUCGUUGAUUGGGGCCCCUAUCGCCGGGGCCAUACUAGGCGCCACUGGGAACUAUCUUGGCAUACAGCUCUUUGCCGGAUUUCUGUUCAUGGCAACGGCCGCAUUUAUCGCAGUAUUGCGCUUCGUGAUAACCGGAAAUAAACUGGUUACCAAAGCUUAG